UGGUCUACGGUCUGUGCUAAGUAUUCUUGUUUUGGCUUUUGAUGACAGACGAGUGGCUCAUUUUGUUUAUUAAAAAUCAUUGACUGAAUGGCUUUUCAUAUCACUCAAGGUACAGUGAAAUGUUUCAUAAGAAAUUAUGAUCAUCGAGAACUUUAAAAAAAAUUUUUUAUACAAAUUCCUAUCACUAUAACUUUUGUUUUGUGGUAUAAUCAAUUUGAUUAUGGCAUGAUUAAAUUGUCUGGAAGUGAAGUCUAUGGCCGAACAAGCUAGUUCCGCGUUUGGUAACGCGUCAUCUAUCAGUACCAGGAGGGGAAUUAUUGAAGAAAACAAUAGAUCUAGAUCUAGAAGUAAUAUAAGAAAAAGUAAAAAGAAUUUAAAUAAUCAAGGAGAAUUUGUAUCAGUUUAUGAAAGUACAGUAUCAAUUCCUGUUAAUGAGAGUACAGUUUCAAUUCAAAAUAAAAGAAAUAGAAAAUCAAGUUCUAGAAUAACACGAACCAGUCAACUUGAUUCAUCUUCUAAUAAAGAAGCAGAACCUAAUAGAAAGUCAUCAUCAUCAAAAUUGUCCGUUUCAAAAAAUUUAAAAGAACCUACUGAGAAUAGGUAUCCUUUGCGCAGUAGGUCAAAAGUGUCAAUACCAACUAUUGAAGGCAGUUUAGAUACUGAAACUGUAGCUCAAGAAACUGAGCCUUCGCCUAAUAAACGUCAAAAGUUAGAAAUUUCUACACUGGGUGCGUCAUCAAGUCAAAGUAAGAUAAGGGAGGAUAGCACUGUACAGGCGUCUUUACCCUUGCGUAGAAAAAGGGGAAGACCAACAACGGGGUCUUGUGCUAGCAACAAUCGCCGCGGUAAUACCAAAGCGGGUGAAAGAGAAGCUUUUGAAGUAGCUAUGGAAGGAGUAAUUGAAAAUGAUGGAUUAACUGAAGGAAAUGACAAUUUGAAUAUUAUUCCAUCUACAUCCAGUUCAGUUCAUACUAAUGUUCCAGAUUUAGCAACUUCCUCAUCUACUAUAAUUAAUUCUAAUCCAUCAUCAUCUGGGACUCAGUCAGCUGUAGGGGGUGCAAAUUGGCCAUCAGCUUGGAGUAGCAAUGCUAGUCACGAUAGUGAAGAAGAAGGUGAAGUUGGUCGUUUGCAAGCUUUAUUAGAAUCUAGAGGUUUACCUCCACAUUUAUUUGGUGCCUUAGCACCUCGAAUGCAUCACUUGUUUAAUCGAUCAAUGGGUGCUGCAUCAACAACAUCAAAAGCUCAACAAUUGCUACAAGGUAUGCAAGCAACAGGUGAUGAAGGGCAACAACUUCAAGCAGUAAUUGAAAUGUGUCAAAUGCUAGUAAUGGGCAAUGAAGAUACAUUAACAGGAUUCCCAGUAAAACCUGUUGUUUCUGCUCUAGUUGUUUUGCUUUCUAUGGAACAUAAUUUUGACAUGAUGAAUCAUGCAUGCCGUGCAUUGACAUACAUGAUGGAAGCUCUUCCACGAUCUUCAGCAGCUGUUUUGGAUGCUGUUCCAGCUAUGUUAGAUAAACUACAAGCAAUUCAAUGUAUGGAUGUUGCAGAACAAUCUCUUUCUGCUUUAGAAAUGCUUUCAAGAAGACAUGGCCGCUCAAUACUUCAAUCAAGUGGUGUGGCUGCGUGUUUGACCUACAUAGACUUUUUUAGUAUAAAUGCUCAGCGAGCAGCAUUAGCUAUAACUGCAAAUUGUUGCCAAAAUAUGAAUGCUGAUGAAUUUCACUAUGUUGCAAAAUCAUUACCUCUACUUUCAAGUCGGAUUACUCAACAAGAUAAAAAAAGUGUUGAAAGUGUUUGCUUAGCCUUUAGUCGUCUUGUAGAUAAUUUCCAAUCUGAUUCUAGUAGAUUAAAAGAAAUUGCUAGUGAUGAAUUAUUAACCAAUCUUCAACAAUUAGUUAUAUCAUCCCCACCAAUUAUUAGUACAAGUACUUUUAUUAUGGUUUUAAGAAUGAUGUCAACUUUGUGUACUAAUUGUCCAGAACUAUCUCAAACACUACUAAAACACAAUAUAGCUGAAACACUAAGCUAUUUAUUAACAGGCUCACCUUCUCCUGAGUUAUCUCAAAUUGAAUUACUUCCUAGAAGUUCACAGGAACUUUAUGAAGUAACAUGUCUCAUUGGAGAACUAAUGCCACGCUUACCAUCUGAUGGACUAUUUUCAGUUGAUAGUCUUUUAGAUCGACAAGGAAUAUAUGGUGCAAUUCCAGGUACAGGAUUAUCCCAACAAAUGGUUCAGUGGCAAUGGCGAGAUGACCGAUCAAUGUGGCAUUCAUAUACAUCACUUGAUUCUCGUAUUAUUGAGGUGGCUCAUCAAGCUGGUGAAGAUGAAGUACUUUUAAGUCAUGCACCAUAUACAAUUGAUCUUCAUUCUAUGAGACAAAUUAAUGAAGACACUGGAACAACUAGAGCUAUUCAGCGUAAAGUUUUAACUGUUCCCACGUCAUUUAAUAAUAAUCUCCAGACAAGAUCUGCAGCUGACAUGGAAGCAGCUGUUACAUCAUUUGGAGAGAACGUAUUAGCUGGAGCUUUUGUACGUUUAUUAUUUAGUAUACUUUAUGAAGUCUAUAAUAGCUCAGCUGGUCCAUUAGUAAGAUAUAAAUGUCUACGAGCUUUAUUACGUAUGGUAUACUAUUCACCAGCUGAAUUACUUUUGAAGGUUGUUUUUCAAAAACAAAUGGUAGCUAGUCACAUAGCUGGUAUGAUGGCGUCACAAGAUUUAAGGAUAGUUGUUGGAGCUAUGCAGAUGGCUGAAAUUUUAAUGCAAAAAUUGCCUCGCAUUUUUGAAAUUCAUUUUAUAAGAGAAGGUGUUAUGCAUCAAGUUAAACAAUUAGCUGAAGCAGAUAUACAAACAUUAGUGAAGCUCUCACCUCCAUCUACUUCCAAUGUUGGAGUUGAAGGUCUUCCUGGUCCAUCUAGAAGUAAUCAAAAUGAUGUAGUUGUUCCUAUGUGGUCAAUGCCUCUUGACAAUGACAAUAAUGAUAUUCAAUCUAACACUGGUAGUGCAGAAAACGUAGGAAAUGAAACAUCUGAAUCAACUGUUUUAUCACAAGUAGCUCAACGUUGUUCAGCCAAUCGCUUUUCUGAUGUACUUAAACGUAAUAAAAAACAUAAUAAAAGACAAUCAGGAAACGCUCCACGUAAAAAAGGAAAUCAGGAUGACAUUAAUGAAAUACAAACUGCCAGUAGUAGUAGUAGCAAUGCCCUUUCUCCAAAUUCCACUCAGGCCAUGACACUUCAUGAGUUUUUUAUAUCCAAAGGUGGGAAUACAGCUUCAAGAGCAGUUGGGAGUGUUUCAUCAUCUUCUAGAACACGUUUUUCUAAUUCAAAUUUAAAGUCAACUUCAGGUUUUUUAGCAUCAUUAAAUCCAGCUCGUUUUCUUAGAAGUACAGAGAGAGCAUUUUCUAAGGAAUUAACUAAAAACUCAAAUUCCUGCGGUAGUGGGUCUAUUCCUACAAGCUCAGCAUCAAAUAUUAGUAUUGUAAAUCGUGAAAAGGCGAAAUUUUGGGUAAAAGAAAGAGCUCAACAUUUCUUAAAAACUUAUGAUAAAAAUGAAGUUGAUGAAGAAAUGGAUAGUGAUAAUGGACAGUCUGAGACUAUUUUAGUUCGUCUUACUAAAGCUAUAAACAAAUUGCAGAAUGAAAGAAAUGAAGAUAUAAAUGCUUUAAUAGAAUUACGAGAAAUUGUUCUUACUUCAGAUAUAUCACCUUUUGAAGUCAAUCAUAGUGGUUUGAUAAAAUCACUUACUAUUUAUUUGACUGAAAAUUCUUAUGGACUAGAUCAUAGAAAUGAAAGAUUACGAAAAUUUUUGCAUGUCUUCACUGGUUUUCCACUUCAAAGUCAUGAACAUUUUAUCUAUAAUACAAAUAAUAAUAAUAGCAGACCAUUUUCCGCUUUAAUUGGAAAAUUAGGAAGUUGUGUUUCACAAUUGGAACAAUUUCCUGUAAAAGUGCAUGACUUAUCAACUGGUGCUGGAAAUAGUGCCCUUAAGUUUUUUAAUACACAUCAACUUAAAUGUUUGUUGCAAAGGCAUCCUGAGUGCAGUAAUUUAAAACAAUGGAAAAGUGGAACUGUUAAAAUCGAUCCUUUAGCUUUAGUACAAGCCAUUGAGCGGUAUUUAGUAGUUCGAGGAUUUGCACAUAUAAGAGAAAAUAAUCAAUUAAAGUCAGAUGAUGAUAACAGUGAUGAUGAUAUUGAUGAUACUUUAGCAGCAGUAGUAAUUGGUCAAGGGUCAACACGACAUAAGUUACAAUUCCUUAUAGGGAAUAAUGUACUUCCCUAUAAUAUGACUGUGUAUCAAGCUAUUCGCCAAUUUUCUACUAGUAGUGACAUGGAAACUGAUAAUGAAUCUGAACUUCCUUUAGGAUCUGCAGGAAUAUGGGUUCAAACGCAUACUAUAUAUUAUAGACCUAUGCCAGAAGAUACUGAAGUGCAAUCACCUAAACCUACUAUUGGUAGUUCCAGUAAAAAAGGAAGAUCAAAUACACAUAAAAGUACUUCUAAAAAAGCAAAAGAUGAAUUGUGGUUAGAAGGAAAUGUUACACCUAUAAAAUCUCCACUUGAAUCUUACCUUCAACUUUCAUUACCUGAAUAUGUUCAAGUUCAAGACCCUUCAUUGCCUGUACUUAGUUUAUUACGUGUAUUAUAUGCCUUAAAUCGUUAUUGGACUUCACUAUAUCCUUCACAACUUCAUAAUAACUCAAUUAUUCCAUUUAAUGAGUUUAUUAAUGUUAAAAUAUCAGCUAAAGCAAAUAGGCAACUUCAAGAUCCAUUAGUUAUCAUGACAGGAAACUUGCCUGGAUGGCUUCAACAAGUAGCUUCAGCAUGUGCUUUUAUGUUACCAUUUGAAACUCGUCAACUGCUGUUUUAUGCAACAGUAUUUGAUCGUGAUCGUGCUUUGCAGCGAUUAUUAGAUUCUAGUUCUGAAUUGCAAGGUGCUGGAGGUAGUAAUAAUGGAGAUAUGCAUGAGCGUGUGGCACCACGGCUUGAUAGGCGAAAACGUUCAGUUACUAGAUCUAACAUUCUCUCUCAAGCAGAAGCUGUAAUUUCUGAGAAUGCUACUUCAAGAGCAUUACUAGAAAUACAAUAUGAAGAUGAGGUUGGAACUGGAUUAGGACCUACUUUAGAGUUUUAUGCAUUAGUUUCUAAAGAAAUGCAAAAAGCAGAUUUAGAACUAUGGAAUAAUAUUUCUAAGUCUGAAUCUGAAUCAUAUGUAUUUACUCCUGAAGGAUUGUAUCCUAAUCCAUUGUCUAGAACUACAAAAUUACCACAUCAAGUUAAAAUUAAGUCCAAAUUUAAAUUUUUAGGCAAAUUUAUGGCUAAAGCUAUUAUGGACUCAAGACUAUUAGAUUUACCACUAAGCAUAACUAUGUACCGAUGGUUAUUGGGUCAUGAAAACUAUUUAUCCCUGAGUGAUCUUAUAUAUAUAGUUCCUGAUGUUUUUAACACAUUAUGUCGUCUUCAUUUGCUUGUACUUCAAAAAAGAGCAAUUUUAAAUGAUGAUGAGUUAAGUGAAGAACAAAAAACAGAAAAGAUAAAAAAUAUACGUUUAGAUGACUGCUUGAUUGAAGAUUUAGGUCUCGAUUUUACAUUACCCGGUCAUCCAUCUAUAGAACUACGAAAAAAUGGGCAAAAUAUCAAUGUUACAAUGGAUAAUUUAGAAAAAUAUAUUCAAUUAGUAUGUCAUUGGUAUUUGCGUGAAGGUGUAUCAAAACAGAUGGAAAGCCUUAAAGAAGGAUUCGAAAGUGUUUUUUCUCUUAAAAAGCUGGCACAAUUAUUUUACCCUGAAGAAUUGGAAGCAGUAUUUUGUGGACACACGAGCUCAUACAAACAAUGGGAUAUGCGUAUGCUUUCAGAAGCAUGUCGUUUAGAUCAUGGUUAUACAGCAAACUCUAGAGCUAUUAGUUUCCUUUUUAAAAUAUUGUCAGAAUAUAAUCAUCAGCAACAGAGAGAUUUCCUCAGAUUUGUUACAGGCGCUCCACGUCUUCCCGUUGGAGGAUUUAAAUCUCUCUCGCCAGCAUUGACAAUUGUACGUAGAAUAUUUGAAGACAACGAUAAUCCAGACAAUUAUUUACCAUCAGUAAUGACAUGUGUCAACUACCUCAAAUUACCAGAUUAUUCUAGCAUAGAUAUAAUGCGUGAGAAAUUACAACUGGCUGCUUCUGAAGGACAACAUUCCUUUCAUUUGUCAUAAACAUGACACAUAUUGUAAAAUUUUAAUUUCAUAUUUAUCAUCAGAUUAAAUUUUUAAAUCUGUCACAAAUAUAUUCUACUUGUGAUUUAAA